AAGAUGGCAAAUGCCCACUGCCCAGUCAGUCCCAACAAUAAUAUCUGUUUUCUGGUGCCGUGUGAUCAACAAUGGAAGAAAAGGGAGCUGAUGAGACAUCUGUUGCGUAACACCAUUCUGAAGUGGGAAGGAAAACCUAUUCAGCAUCUGGGAAGGAUACAGUAUUUGACCAUGGUGCAAGCAGCUGCUGGCUGCAUGAGGGACUCUGAGGAAAGACUGCUGAUCCUGUUUCCAGAAGACCUGCUUUUCCUCUCUGUGGAUAAGGACAGAACUUCAAUCACAUACAAGGGAAAACUCCCCCUAACUGGAAUCCAGGCAAAGGAGAAAUCUGCUGUGCCGGGGAGGUUACAAUUUGAAAUUACAGGAAGCCUGACAGAACCAAUCCUUAUCACGUGUUCCACAGAAGAGGAUUAUGAAAAAUGCCUCUUCUACCUACAGAAGCCACCACCAAUCAUCCCUAAGAAAGCUCGGCGGCAUCGGUAGGACAUCAGCGUGCAGUGACAAGAAGGUAUGUUGAAUACGAUCACAACAGAAAGUGAAGAAGCUACAAGAAUGAGUAAUAGACUGGAAAUUGGAAACCAAGCUUCUUUCAGACUGAGAGGCUCUGCACGUGAGCUAUUCUCCACUGGCUGCUGUUUUGAAUGGACCAUUGCAAUCAAUGUAGGAUCUUGUGAUUCAGACCUCAGCUGUACAUAUGCCUCAAGGAGAAAUCUUUCUCAAUUUUCUUACCAUAUUUAUUGCCUGAUUCUUAUCAG